AUGAGAGAUAAAGAGGUGCAUGGAUUUGGGCAUCAUAACUGGCGAUCUUGGCUUCCUUUGUCAAUCUUCGUCAUCUCCUGCAUGGCUGCUUUUGCCUACUCACGCUUUAUCGACCCAUCCUUACUCGUAAAUGUGCAGAACUACCUGCAAAAAUCAACAUCUGCUAGCAUGAUAUUUGAGAAGAAAAGUCCUCACAACUACUCGCAAAAAUCAAUAUCAGCACCUGAGACUAAGAACAAGAUUCAUGGAACCCAACUGAACUGUUUGCCCGGUAACAGCAAGUUGACGUGCCCUGGAAAUGAAUCCCCAUCCGAACUUGGUCACUUUGAAAAUCAAGAACGUCCAUCAAAACCACAGCCUACCUGUCCUGAUUUCUUCCGUUGGAUCCACGAAGAUCUAUCGCCCUGGAGGGAAACCGGAGUAACACUGGACAUGGUGAAGAAGGCUAAGGAAAAGGCUGCUUUCAGAUUGGUAAUAGUGAAUGGGAAGGCUUACGUAGAGACCUACUCAAAGUCGCGUUACAACAGAGACAUUUAUACGCAGUGGGGGAUUGUGCAGUUGCUACGGAGAUAUCCCGGUGAAAUGCCUGACUUGGACCUAAUGUUUCACAUGAGGGACCGCCCAAUUAUUAAGAAAAAUCUUUAUCCUCAGCCCGGUGACAAGGCCCCGCCACCACUCUUCGGCUAUGAUGGAAACGAUGCCACCUUCGACAUCGUUUUUCCAGAUUGGUCAUUCUGGGGAUGGCCUAACACUGGUGUAAAGCCAUGGGAGGGGCUGUUAAAGGACUUAAAAAAGGCAAAUGGAAGGAGUAGAUGGGCGGACAGGGAUGAACAUGCUUACUGGAAGGGAUCCAUAAUGUCCGCAGACAGGAUGGACUUGGUCAAGUGCAACGAUUCAGACAAAGAGGAUUGGAAUGCUCGUAUUUACGUAGUGGAUUGGGGUCAAGAAUCGAAGCAAGGUUUCAAAGGAGCGAGUUUUGCAAAUCAAUGUCGCCACAGAUACAAAAUCUACAUGGAAGGAAUUGGGUGGUCAGCAAGUGAAAAAUACAUUCUUGCCUGUGAUUCUGUUACUUUACGAGUGAGUCCCCGUUACUACACCUUCUUCUCCAGAGGUUUGAUGCCUUUGCAACACUACUGGCCUAUAAGAGGUAAUGACAAGUGCAGGUCUAUCAAGUAUGCUGUUGAAUGGGGCAACCACCGCAAGGAUGAAGCACAGUCCAUGGGCAAGGCAGCUGGCAAAUUCGUUCAAGAAGAAAUGAAAAUGGAAAACGUGUACGAUUACAUGUUUCAUCUCUUGAAUGGGUACGCUAAGCUUCUCAAGUACAAGCCUGUUGUUCCCGCAAAAGCGGUUCGACUUUGUCUGGAGUCGAUGGCGUGCCCCACGGCCGGAUUGAAGAAGAAGUAUUUGAUGGACAGUAUGAUCAAAGGUCCCUCUGAUUCCCCUCCCUGCUCCAUGCCUCCUCAUGAUCCUCAAACCCUUCGUUCAAUUUUGGAGACAAAACGGAACACAACAAAACUAGUGGAGGCCUGGGAAAAACAAUAUUGGGAGACUCAAAAGAAGCAUACUUAG